AUGGACGGAGGGGGCUCCUUCGGCUGCCUUCUUCCCCAGCAGGUACCUCGCCGGACCCAGCUUUCUCCCCCUACCUCCCACAUCCCCCGACCCCGGGUGAAAAUCCGCAGCGGUCGAUGGCUUCCAUAAUCUACUAGCAAAAUGAUGUAUCUUCUUUAUGACCGCUUUUGGGCCUGGGUUCUUCUUAUGAGCACAUUACCUGGAAAAAGCUAUGGACAAACUUCCUUACAAGAUGAAAUUAGGGACAAUACAACAAUAUUCACUCGAAUUCUGGACCGUUUACUUGAUGGUUAUGAUAACCGCCUGAGACCAGGAUUGGGAGAGCGUGUAACUGCAGUGAAGACUGACAUCUUUGUUACCAGCUUUGGUCCUGUUUCAGAUCAUGAUAUGGAAUACACAAUAGAUGUAUUUUUCCGACAAAGCUGGAGGGAUGAAAGACUGAAGUUCAAAGGACCCAUGCAAGUACUUCGACUGAAUAAUUUAAUGGCUAGCAAAAUAUGGACACCAGAUACAUUUUUCCACAAUGGAAAGAAAUCGGUAGCUCACAACAUGACUAUGCCUAACAAACUUUUGCGGAUUACAGAAGAUGGGACACUGCUUUACACAAUGAGACUCACAGUGAGAGCAGAAUGCCCAAUGCAUUUAGAAGACUUUCCCAUGGAUGCACAUGCUUGCCCAUUGAAAUUUGGAAGCUAUGCUUACACAAAAUCAGAGGUGAUGUAUGAAUGGACACGGGAACCUGCACGUUCUGUUGUAGUUGCUGAAGAUGGCUCCCGGCUAAACCAAUACGAUCUCAUGGGACAAACUGUGGAUUCUGGAAUUGUGCAAUCCAGUACAGGAGAAUAUGUUGUGAUGACCACCCAUUUCCAUUUGAAGAGAAAAAUCGGGUACUUUGUCAUUCAAACAUACCUGCCAUGCAUAAUGACAGUAAUUCUAUCCCAGGUAUCCUUCUGGCUUAACAGAGAAUCAGUUCCAGCAAGAACUGUGUUUGGGGUGACAACUGUGCUAACAAUGACCACCUUGAGCAUCAGUGCACGGAAUUCUCUUCCCAAGGUAGCUUAUGCUACAGCUAUGGAUUGGUUCAUAGCUGUGUGCUAUGCAUUUGUCUUCUCAGCUCUGAUCGAAUUUGCCACAGUGAACUACUUUACAAAGAGAGGUUAUGCAUGGGAUGGCAAGAGUGUAGUUCCUGAAAAGCCAAAGAAAGUAAAGGACCCUCUCAUUAUGAAAAACAACUCAUUCACCGCACCAGCACCAGCAACAAGCUUUACCCCAAAUAUUGCAAGGGACCCUGGGCUAGCUACCAUUGCUAAAAGUGCAACGAUAGAGCCCAAAGAAGUGAAAGCUGAAACAAAGCCACCUGAACCCAAGAAAACUUUUAACAGUGUCAGCAAAAUCGAUCGACUAUCAAGAAUAGCGUUUCCACUGCUCUUUGGGAUUUUUAACUUAGUGUAUUGGGCUACCUACUUAAAUAGAGAGCCCCAGCUUAAGGACCAAAACCCGCCACACUAGCCCCAUCAUCCAUAAGAGUUGCCCAUCUGUUUUGCACUGGGAAUUGCUUUUUGGUUCUAAACACACAGCAGUUCUCAUUUGCUUCAUUGCCUCUGUCUUAAAGAAAUUGAGAUUUCCUUAUUUUAUAAAGCAAAAGUAUAUUAUAUAUAUACAUAUAUAUAAUAGAAAAGAUAUUAACUCUGUAUUCUAGGGCUGUAAUAAUGUGACGUAGACACCAGAUUCUGAACCGGGACUCUGAACAAGCGAGGGAAAUGUAAGAAAUCCAAAUCACUUGUCGAUAGCCUAUUGCUGGAUGUUCCCAGAAGCGAUGUUGUACAUGGCAGAACAGAAAUAUUUUUAUGCAAAAUGAUAGAGGGUAAAACCGUCUUUAUAUAUGUUCAUGUUGCACAUAAGGUCUUCUAGUUUCCAUUUUUGGAGUGCUGCUUAUUUGAAUUCUUUUAUAGGAGAUGCGUCUAUCCAAAGUGCUGGAUUCCAGAAAAUAUAGUAUUUUUCCUAGAUUUCCUAUUUGCUGAACUUCCCAACCACCAGUUUUAAAGCAAAUUGAUGUUCAUAUUUACAUACAAAAAAGUCUGUUUCCUAAUGGUAGAUAUUCUCACAGAAUAGCACACCGAUUCAUAUAAUGAAUGCUUUAAUACGCUCUCUCACU